UGAAUUUGUCACCAUAUUUGUGGGACUUCCUGUCUGUAUCAUCUUUGUGAUGGUUCUUUCCAGAAACAUCAUGAAUGUCAGCCAUGACCUGCCAGGCGCUUUGGGAUAACACAGGCAGGGUGUUCAACAUGGAGUCGAAAGCCGGCUGCUUCCCAACUGUUCCGGAGCGAGAACUGUACCGCAACGUCCAUGCUUUGUUGCCGAGAGAAACAGACAUUCGUCAGUCCCCAGACUGUCUCAACAAAGGAAUGUUAAGAUGGACGUUACACAAGAAGGUUCAGAACAAUCCCGCCAACAGCUUGUCUCUGCUCUGGGUUCUGAUAAAAGAGUUGGAGAAGGCGGAGAAAUUGGACAAUCUUGAAUACAUCAUCCCUUUGCUCCACACGCUCAUGUAUGCCAUCAUUCAGACAGCCUACAUCCCAGACGAGUUAUAUAAGCGUGUUUAUGACUUCUGCAAGCGACUGCUGACCUACCCUCAGCCCUACUGCACCGUUGGCCUCAGCUACACCAAGAGAAUAAAAACCCAACGCUCUGUUCCAGGUCUGCUGUAUCAGAGGAUGGUGGUGGCGGAGCAGAGACUAAAGAAUGAGCAUUAUCCCUUUCAGGAGAGGAUUUUUGUUCUGGCUGAUCCAGAGAUCUUUACUGGCUCUCUGGCACAAGUGGUGUUGGCUGACAUUGAGGCAGGAUCUGCUUCAAGCCCAGUAGAUCACAUGCGCAGUGUGGUCCAACACUCCAUCCAGGCUGCUUUAGGAGAACAGUGUCUUGGACCUGUCUUGGCAAAGACCUUAAAAGAUAUAGACGUUGAGCCUCAUUUUCAGGAUGUGAUGGCGACCACGCAGCGGUGUGUGGAAGAUGGUUGCAGCAGGGCGGGAGCUGCACUGAAGGGCCAUUUUCAGCAACUGCACAGCGACAUUGUCGCAGGCGUGAAAUCAGAGGCUGCGUCCGUUGGACCGCUUUUUCACUGCCCUCUUCCUAACCCUGAGAUGAGCUUCCACCUGUGGACAGAGGAACUGGAUAUCUGGUGGGAGGUGGCCAGGUGGCUGCGAUCCAGCUCUUCAUCAGAGCAGAUCUCCCUCAGCCCGGAACAUGAGGAUCCUGAGCUGGGCGACUCUCCUCGUGACCCGAUGCCACCCGACAAGAGCCGCUUCUCUGUCAUGUCCAACGACAGCGGCAUCGAAAGAGACCUGCCCCAUGGUGGGGAUACGUCACUGGUGGCGUUGCUCGAUUCAGGCGGUGUGACUGCAUCAUGGGAACCCUGCAAGAGUACACACAGCGAGCAAGAGUCAGUGAAGUUGUCCCGUCGUGGAGGCAUGAAGGUGAAACCGUCCGUGAAGGACAGCCUGGCGUUGAUGCAGGACACCUUGGAGGGGAACGGGGGAGGACUCGGGAGCAGGGGAGGAGGAAGAGAGGUCACGUUGCAGAGGCGAGCAGGAAGCAAUGCCGCACGGACCCCUUUCCCCAGACAGCAGAGGCUCUUUACCGCCAGGAUUGUCGUCAUGGGUGGUGACAGCGUCGUGGGCCGCCUAGCUAAAGCCUACUACUGCUUAAGGAAAAGGGAAGCACGGCGAAUUUUUCUUACCAUGAAAGUAAACUUGCAGUUUUACUACGUCCCUGUUUGCCCAGCGCCAACCACAACCUCCUCAAACAAGGAAAGCCAUCAGUCCAAGCAGAGUCCAUGCACUCUUGGGUCCUAUUUGAGCAAAGUGGACCCGUGGUACAACUGCAACAUCAGCAGUUUGGGCUGCAUGAUUCCCAAACUAGCUACAAUGCAACGAACAAGCCCAUCCCGGCCAAAAGAUCCCUUUGUGUGUGACGUCAUGGCCUACUAUGUGCGAAUGGGCCAACAGCCCGUCUACUUCAACAUCUACUUGGUGAAGAUUACGUUUACAAGCAUGACCAAGGAACCAGUGGAGGAUGUCUUCUUCACACAUUUAGAGGUGGCCAUUCCUGACUCCAGACACUCUCCAGCGCCAAUGAGAGAAAAACAGAAGAAGAGUGUGGCAGAUGUAUGUGGAGCUCUUGUCUGCAUCAGUUACAAAAAAGUGACACCAAGUGGCCGUGACACUGACAGAGGCUUCCCCAUGAGGACCACAGGCGCUCACAUCAGUGCUAUUCCCUCAAGCGCAAAAGAAGAUCUCAACUGUUUGACACUCACUCUGAAAGAAUGGCCCACCAAAGCUAAAAACGGCAACGCGGAGUUCCUAAUCAGAAGCAACAACAUCAAGAUGUGUUCACUGGAGAGUCAGUCCCCGCUCAGAGUUACUUUAGACAGAGACUGUCAAAGGAUCUACAAUGAUGUGGAGAGCAUUGAAAUCGUCCCCUGCCUUGACCCUGGUUACUGCGUCCAAAGAAACAUGAUGUCCAAAUUGAACCUGGGCCAGGACGACGACGGCGGACUGAGCAAAUACAUGAGCAAAGGACUCUCUCUACCCGUCAACACGUUUGCUGGCAUCAUCAACUGACCUCUGCAUUAAGACGCAUGCGCAACACGUGGAUGGAAAAGCUGAAACAGUCAUCUUAAAUUUCAAGAAAAGGUUGCCCACACACUGAAGUCGCCGUUUGAUCCAAAAUUUAGCCGGAAAAUACCACCUUUAGGGAUGUUUGACUUCGGCGUUUCCACUGUCUAGCCCAGAUUCUGUUGUACAAGUUUUAUUUAUGAAAAGACCAAAGGGAAUGAAAUUGUCCAUUGGACACCUGCAACCAUCGCAGCCUCAGUGUCUGGUUGUCACUUUUUUGUUCAUGCUAAAUGUGUUUAGGCCAAAACUGCGGGCAGGAUUAGAGAGCAGCUGCGUAUAUGUGUGUGUGUGUUGUGAUUGCACAUCAUCACAGAGUCAUUCAUUGUCGAGGGCCUGUUGAAGAGCUGACACUCGCUAUUCAUGGCAAAAUGUGAUUGCAUCUGUUCACAAGCCUCCUGCGCUUCGUAUAGCUCCGAAACCCAACGCGCUAUCCACACGAAUGCAGUCUCUUGUAUGUGCGUGUAAAUGUUGACAAUGCUACGGCAUGUAAAUCGAAAAUGUAAAUAUGUAAAUAAAUAAGAUUUUCUACGA